CGGGGGAUGGGGACCCCCGGGGAUCCCCCGUGAUGGUUCCCGGUGCCCUGUGCCCCCCCGGUGAUGCCCGGUGCCUGGAGAGGCCCCCCCCGGUGAUGCCCGGUGCCUGGAAGGACCCCCCCGGUGAUGCCCGGUACCUGGAGGGACCCCUCCGGUGAUACCCGGUGCCUGGAGGGACCCCCACGGUGAUGCCCUGUACCCCCCCACCCCGCCGGUUCCCGGUUCUCGGGGCUGGGACAUGCGCGGCCGAUGCAGGUCCCGCCCCCGCGCUGGGUUUCACUUUCCGAGAAACGGCGGUGGGACCGAGAGCAGGACCGGGACCGGACCGGACCGGGGACACCGGGACCGGGAGCACAUCGGGGCUAGCACCGGGAGCACGCCGGGAGCAGGACAGGGGCACCCCGGGACCGGACCGGAGCACCCCGGGACCGGACCGGGCGCACCGGAGCACGCCGGGAGACACAUCGGGACCGGGCCGGGCCAGACGAUGGGGGCGUCCCCCGCCCGCCGCCUCCUGUCGCUGCUGAGCCCCGAGCGCCGGCGCUGCGCGGUGGUGGCGGCGCUGAUGGCGGCCUCGGUGCUCGGGGAGGUGGCCGUUCCCUACUUCACGGGACGCAUCACCGACUGGGUGGCCAGCAAGGAUGAGGUGGCGGCCAACUGGCCCAUGGCGCUGCUGGGGCUCGGCAGUGCCAUCACUGAAUUCACCUGUGAUGUCACCUACAUGGGGACGUUGAGCCGGGCGUUGGGACGUCUCCAACGUCGUGUCUUCUCUGCCAUCCUGCGACGGGAUGUCACCUCCCUGCAUUUGAUGGGGACCGGGGCAGUGACGGCACGGGUGACAGGAGACGUGGAGGCCACCCACACGGCAGUGGCCGAAGCGCUCAGCCUCUUGCUGUGGUACCUGGCACGGGGCAUUUUUCUCCUGGUCACCAUGACUUGGUUGUCACCCCACCUGGCCUUUGUCACCCUCCUGUCACUGCCCAUCCUCCUGCUGCUGCCCCGGGGUGUCGGCAAGAUCCAGCAGGGGCUGUCACGGCGGGUGCAGGAGGCAUUGGCAGAUGCCACCAAGGUGGCAGUGGAGACCUUCCAGGCUAUGGCCACCGUCCGCAGCUUCGCCCAUGAAGCCGGGGCAGCCGAGCGGUACCACCAGCGCCUGCGCCAUGUCUAUCAGCUGGAGGGGAAGGAGGCGGCCACCUACGCGGCCACCCUUUGGGCCAGUGGGUUCUCAGCACUGGCCCUGAAGCUGGGGCUCCUCUGCUACGGGGGACGGCUGGUGGCUGCGGGGACCAUCACCACCGGGGACCUUCUCACCUUCCUCAUCUACCAGAUGCAGUUCACCGAGGCUGUGGAGGUCCUGCUCCGCUACUACCCCCACAUGACCAAGGCCGUGGGCUCCUCAGAGAAGAUCUUUGAGUUCCUGGACCAGGAGGAGCAGAUGACACCCACGGGGACACUGGUGCCUGAUGUCCUGCAGGGCCACCUGCAGCUUGAGGACGUCUGGUUCUCCUACCCCGAGCAGCAAGAGCCCGUCCUCAAGGGCGUGUCCCUGGAGCUGCGCCCUGGGGAAGUGCUGGCGGUGGUGGCCCCCCCAGGGGCGGGGAAGAGCACCCUGGUGUCCCUGGUCCUGUGCCUGCGCCCGCCGGGGGCCGGGCGGGUGCUACUGGAUGGUCAUCCCCUCCCUGACUACCAGCACGCCUACCUGCGCUGCCAGGUGGCCGCCGUCCCCCAAGAGCCGGUGCUCUUCUCCCGCUCACUCCACGCCAACAUCGCCUACGGGCCGGAGAGUUGGAGCCGGGCACAGGUGACAGUGGCAGCCACCCGUGCGGGUGCCCACACCUUUAUCACCCGCCUGCCCCGGGGCUAUGACACAGAGGUGGGCGAGCUGGGGGGGCAGCUCUCCGGGGGACAGCGGCAGGGGGUGGCCAUUGCUCGUGCCCUGGUGAGGGACCCUCGUGUCCUCAUCCUCGAUGAACCCACCAGCGCCCUGGAUGCCGAGAGCCAGCUGCAGGUGGAGCAGGAGAUCUUCAGAGCCAGCAGGACCAGGCGCGCAGUGCUGCUGGUGACGGGGCAGGUGGCCCUGGCCAUGAGGGCGCAGCGGGUGGCCGUGCUGGAGGGGGGACGACUGCAUGAACUGGGGUCCCCCGGGGAGCUCCUGCGCCCAGGUCAGGUCCACCCCUCCAUCGUGAGCCCACCCAUCCAUAGUGUCUCUUCCCCCAGUGUCCCAUGGGCCCACAGAACCGUGAACAGCUCACAACGAUGUUCUCACUCCAGGUCUACCCGAGCCACUCCAAUUUUAGCCACCCGGUCUACAUGGUCGUUGUGUUGAUGUUCUCCAGGGACACGGCUCUUGGAUAUCUAUGUCACAGAGCUCUGCCCAGGCAGCAAGGUCCUGAGGGGUUUACCUCCGUGACCAUUGUUGUAGCCACCCCCACAGGGCACUGGCCACCCUCAACGAGUCAGUACAGAGUACUGGCCAUGUUUCUCAGGCAGCAAUCUCUAGGUCCAGCUGUCUGGCUUUGACUUCUGCAGCUUCCCUCCAAGGAAGAAAGAUGGAGAAAGACUUUUUACCAAGGGCUGUAGUGACAGGACAUGGGCCGUGGUUUGAAAAUGAAAGAGGGGAGACUGAGAUCUCCUUGUAGGCCACACAGCCCAGGGAAGUGCUCUAGGUCUCUGUCAAAAUGGGGGGCACUCGCCUCAGAGGUAAAGCCAGUGUUCCUACAGAGAACAUCUCCCCUGAGAUGUCUGAUGCAUCCACCCAGAUGAAAGUGGUAAGGAAGGAGACUUCAGGCCAGGCGGUAGGUUGCAGGGAGUGCCCAGACCCCUCUCCUGGUGAAAAGGUCCGUACCUGCACGAGGUGUGCACAGGUUGAUGACCUGUUGCGUCAGGUGUCCGAGUUGCAGGAAACAGUGAAAAGGCUGCGCAGUGUUAGAGGGGCCAAGACAGAGAUAGAUGGGUGGUUCCAUAACCAAGUACCUGUAGUGGGCACCGCUGAGAAUGAGGCACCUUGGACCCUGCUGACCCACAAAAGCAGGACUCUGCUUCAGUCUCCACCCUCCAGCUUCACAACCAAAACCAGAUAUGAAGCUUUAACAGCUAUAGACACCCACGAGCAAGGCGUGCAAGGAGAAACUGUACCAGCAGCACACAGUGGGGACCAUAAAAAGAAAUGACGAGUGCUCAUAGUGGGUGACUCUCUGCUAAGGGGCACCGAGGCGCCCAUCUGCCGACCUGACAGGGAGUCAUGAGAGGUACGCUGCCUUCCGGGAGCCAAGAUCCGAGAGGUUGCUGAGAGGGUGCCACAACUUGUCAAGAGGACACACUACUGUCCACUGCUCUCUUUCAUGACACUGCAAGCCAGAACCUGGGCAGAAUCGAGGAGGACUAUAAAGCCCUGGGGGUGCAAGUGACAAACAUCGGUGCCCAAGUUAUCUUUUCAUCCCUCCUACCUGUUGGGGGAAAGGGGGCAGACAGAACUAGGCGUAUAAUGCAUAUCGACUCCUGGCUACAUGGCUGGUGCCACCACAAGGCUUUUGGCUUUUACGACAAUGGGACAUUCUUGGAUGACUCUAACCUGUUCGAGAAGGAUGGGAUCCAGCUGCCUAGAAGAGGCAAGGGAAUCUUUGGCAGCAGGCUGGCCAACUUGGUGAAGCGGGCUUUAAACUGAAGGACUCAGGGGAUGGGGUCCAACGUGGCAACGCUCGUAGCAUCGCAUCCAACUGGGGAAUAAGCCAGGCCAACCAGAGCGGCAACAAAUGUUCCGUAGCUGCCUCCAGAAAGAGAAAGAGGUUCUGACAACCAGAAAGCCAACCACCUCAUGGAUGUGUAUGGCUAUGGUGGACCCUCUUGCACCCCUCCAGGGAAACCUCCACACUCAGUUACCUCUCUGAAAUGCCUGUACACCAACGCACGCAGCACAGGGAACAAACAGGAAGAACUAGAGGUCUGUGUGCAGUCGCAGGGCCAUGAUCUCAUUGCAAUGACAGAGACAUGGUGGGAUAGCUCAUGUGACUGGAAUGCUCUCACGGAUGGCCAUGUACUUCUCAGGAAAGGCAGGCCAGCAAGGUGAGGUGGUGGAGUUGCUCUUCAUGUGAGAGAACAACUGGAAUGUAUCAAGCUCUGCGUAGGGGUGGAUGAAGGACGAGUCGAGAGCUUAUGGGUAAGAAGUAAGGGGCAGGCUACUAUGGGUGACACUGUUGUGGGUGCUUACUACAGGCCACCUGGUCAGGAUGAGGAAGUCAAUGAGGCCUUCUGCAGACAGCUGGAAGUAGCCUCACAAUCACAGGCCCUGGUCCUCAUGGGAGACUUCAGCCACCCUGAUAUUUGCUGGAAAGGCAAGAUGGCCAGGCACGCACAGUCCAGGAGGUUCCUGCAGAGCAUUGAUGAUAACUUUUUGACAUAGGUGGUGAAGGAGCCCACGAGGAGAGGGGUGCUGCUGGACCUUGUACUAACAAACAAAGAAGCACUGGUUGCAUUUUCUGAAAUAAGAAAGAAGGAGUUAACAUUUAGAGUGUGUGUUCUGAGCUGUGUAUUCAUUAUUGCUUAUUGCUUGAGAAUAAGGUAACUUGGGAUUUGAGAACAGGAGGACUGUCCUUGGAACCUUCAAAUGUAUUUAAUUAGAAUGAAGUAUACUUAGAUAAGAUGUAGUAAAGGCAUCUUGAACAGAGGAACACUUGUUAACAAGGAGAUGUACAUCCUUGAAAGUCAAAAGUCAGCUAAAUUCCUCUAAUUGGUGUCCUUUGAGUGAACUGUCUCAUUAUAAUAUGAAAACCACACCUCCACUGCUGAAAACACCCCCUCCCCUACUCACCGAACAUGCGUAGUGAAUUUAGAAGGUACUGUGUCUUUAAAUCGAAGCAAAGAGUUAACCAAUUGUCAUUUAGAAGGUGUGAACAGUAGGCAGAACUAACACCCUGGACUGUAUAAAUAUACGAUGGAACUGUAACUGG